AAAGACAGCAAACAAUAACUGGAGAGUUUGAGAGUUGACAUUGUUUUUCUCACAACUCAACAGUCAAACAUCAUACUCCUUAUUUGCCACCUGGACUUGACCCACCUCUUUUUCAUUUUUAUUUUCAUAUUUUUUUCUCCAAAAGAAAGAAGAUAAAUACUAUUCUGUUCAGAUUUUUCCAGUUUUAAAUUCGCAAAGAACAAUCCUUUGUUUCUUGGGUCCUCUGUUAUUAUCAUUAAUCAAUCAUAUUCUUUUAUCAACUUCCAUUUAACAGACAACUGAAAUAAGGAAAUAAGAAUUUUGUGUUUGAUGGAGCAGCGUGGGCGUGGAAUAGUUACAUGUGGGUCAUGGAUCCGGAGAUCCGACAACGUUAAUUUGGUUGUGUUGGGCAAGUCGAGGACCUCCAAUUCAUCUUCUUCUGUGCUUGACAUCUUCUCGUUUGAUCCAAUUACUACGUCUCUCGCUCCCUCUCCUUUGGCAAGUUAUGUACUAGAAGAAACUGAAGGUGAUGUAGUAGCAAUUGCAGUGCAUCCAAGUGGAGAUGAUUUUAUAUGUUCCACAACUAAAGGUGGUUGCAAAUUAUUUGAGUUGCAUGGCCAAGAAACAAACUUAAAGUUGUUGGCUAAAGAAUUACCUCCUUUACAAGAUGUUGGUACGCAGAAAUGCCUAGUCUUUAGUGUUGAUGGAUCUAGAUUUGCCUCUGGAGGAGUGGACGGACAUCUCAGAAUUUUGGAGUGGCCAAGCCAACGCAUAAUUGCAGAUGAAAGAAGAGCACACAAGUCCUUCCGGGAUAUGGAUAUUAGUCUAGAUUCAGCAUUUUUAGCUUCGACAUCUACGGAUGGUUCUGCAAGAAUAUGGAAUGUAGAAGAUGGUGCGCCUUUGACUACUGUGACGCGCAACUCGGAUGAAAAGAUUGAAUUAUGUCGAUUCUCUAAAGAUGGAACUAAACCAUUUUUGUUUUGUGCUGUUCAGAGAGGUGAUAAAGCUACCACUGCUGUUUAUGACAUAAGUACGUGGAAGAAAAUUGGGUAUAAGAGGCUGCUUAAGAAACCUGCUUGUAUAAUGUCUGUCAGCCUGGAUGGGAAAUAUCUUGCUCUAGGAAGCAAGGAUGGUGACAUCUGUGUAGCUGAAGUAAAGAAAAUGGAAGUUAGCCAUUGGAGCAGGAGGCUGCACCUUGGUACAUGCAUUACAUCUUUAGAAUUCUGUCCCAGUCAGAGGGUUGUACUCACUACAUCUGAUGAAUGGGGGGCAGUAGUCAGUAAGCUAAAUGUUCCUGCAGAUUGGAAAGAAUGGCAGAUUUAUUUGCUGCUUGUAGGGCUAUUUUUGGCAUCUGCUGUUGCAUUUUACAUUUUCUUUGAGAAUUCUGAUUCAUUUUGGAACUUCCCUUUGGGGAGAAAUCAACCUGCAAGACCGAAGUUCGGUUCAGUUUUGCAAGACCCACAGUCCUCCGAUGAUGUAUUUGGGCCUUUAGAUAUGUGAGCAUUUGUUAGAUGAACUCACCACUCACCACAAGUCUUGAAAAGAGCAGGGUACUAUUGGCAUCAUCAGUCUUUCUGGAUUUUACAGAUUUGUCAUUCUAUUCACUGCAACAUGAAACUUAAACUAUAUUUUAGCAGAAAACAUGAAGUGUAGCAUAGGAUGGUUCUGUUUUCUUUUUCCAGUAUUACUUUUUGCGAAUAAAUUAUUUAUACACGCUUUACAGAGAAAGAAGAAUGAACCUUCUUACGACAUUUUCUUC